CCCGAGUCCGGGAUCGUGGCCGACAUCGAGUGGGGACCCCCCCGGGGUGGGGGCACCCCCGGUGACCCCCCCCCAGGGGACCCCAACCCCGGGGACCCCCCCGGGACCCCCGCGGACCCCCCCGGGCCCUUCUACUGCCUGAAGAGCCAGCCCCUGCCCCCCCCCAGCUCCGAAGCACCCCCUGGGGCCAUGGGGACACCCCAGUCCAUCCCCAAAUCCUCCCGGUGCUGCUUGCGGCAGCAGCUGAUGCGGGCGCAGGCGCAGGAGCAGGAGCGGAGGGAGCGGAGGGGACCCCCCGGGACCCCCCCGGGACCCCCCACCCCCGGCCCCUCCCCCGCCAUCUGCCCGUGGGGGUCCCCCCAGGACCCCCCCGGGCACCCCCCCACGUGCCCCCCCGAGGUGCUCAAGGUGCAGACCCACCUGGAGAACCCGACCCGGUACCACCUGCGGGCGGCGCAGCGGCAGCAGCUGCGGGCUUACCUGAGCCACGCCCGCGGGGCGGGGCAGCGCCAGCCCCCCCCCGGGACCCCCCGCCCGGGACCCCCCCCGGGACCCCCCGCCCAGCCCCCCCCCCGGGGCCGCUGCACCCACGAGAAGGAGAUCGAUGACGUCAUCGAUGAGAUCAUCAGCCUGGAGUCCAGCUACGAGGACCUGCUGGGCUCGAGGGGGCCCCUCCCCCUCCCCAGCACGCUCCCGGCCCCAGGGCCCCUCCUGGGGGCUCUGAGCCCCGCCCAGGGCGGGAGCAGCUCCUGCCCCGGGCCCGAGCUGCCCCGGGUCAAGGCCGAGCUCUCAGAAUCGGAGGCCAAGGCGCUGCUGAAGGAGCGGCAGAAAAAGGACAACCACAACCUCAUCGAGCGGCGCCGGCGCUUCAACAUCAACGACCGGAUCAAGGAAUUGGGGACCCUGAUCCCCAAAAACAGCGACCCAUUGCGCUGGAACAAGGGCACCAUCCUGAAGGCGUCGGUGGAUUACAUCCGCAAGCUGCAGAAGGAGACGCAGCGAGCGCGGGAGCUGGAGCUGCACCAGCAGCGCCUGGAGCAGCAGAACCGCAGCCUGCAGCUGCGCGUGCAGGAACUGGAGCUCCAAGCCCAGAUCCACGGGCUCCCCCUGACCCCCCCCGCGGCCGAGUGGGGGCUGCGAGGAGCCCGAGGGGGGGGGGUCCCCCCUUCCCCCCGGGGGGUCCCCCCACCCCCCCAGUGCCUCCUGGAGCUGCCGCCGGGGCUGACGCUGCCCCUGGCGCUGGGGGGGCCCGAGGGGACCCUCGAGGACAUCCUGAUGGACGAUGGGGGGGGGGCUGUCCCCCGCUCGGCCCCCCCCGGCGCCCUCCUGGCCUCGCCGGGCCCCUCGCGGGCCUCCAGCCCCCGCAGCAGCCUCAGCAUGGAGGACGAGCCCUGAGGCCGCCCUGGGGGGGAUUUUUUAGGGACCCCCCCCCCAUCUUUUAGGGACCCCCCACCCUCCCUGAGGGUGUUCCGGGUGGGCCCCACCGCGGGCGCCGCUUGAAGAGUCUUAAAGAGGGCGCGCACUUUGUGAUGGAGGCCCCGCCCCUUUCACGGGUGUUGCCCUUUUAAGGCGCCCCCGUGUGGGACCCCUCUCUUAAAGGGGCUCGGCCGGGGCGUGGCUCGUUGGAAGGGGGGGCGGGCCCCCUCUAUGUGUGGCUUCCUUUAAGGCGCUGGCGCCGGGCCCCCACUUGGGCGUGGGCCCUUUGAAGGUGCCGCAGGAAGCCCCACCCCUCCGUGUGGCCACGCCCAUUCCGCAGCUCACCCAAUCGGGAGGCUCCUGGGGGCUGGGCCCUCAUGUGAAGCCCCACCCCUUUUGCUGUCACUCACAUUUAUCCUUCCCGCUAUUAACGCCCACAAACCACGCCCCCUUUUAGAGGCCCCGCCCACCGGCCCCACUUAAAGGGCCACACCCACAUUUACCCCUCCCAGCCCCCAAUUUUGUACUGGACCCUCACGUGGGAAAUAAAAGUUUGGUAACGA